AUGGACUUCCGGGUUUUUAAACGGUAUGCUGCUGCCGCAUAUGGUUUUAAAGUUUUUCAAGUUAAGUUGUCUUUUCCAGCUGAUCUACGUUGGAGCGCUUCAAGAAGUCCCAGUGGAACUCUCCCAAGUCCUCGUGUUGGUCACACUGCUGUUUCUUUGUGCUUGACGUCUCGCUCGCCAUUGCCAUCUCACCUGGUAGUGACUGGAGGCUACGAUGGGCAGUCCCUUCUCAAGGACAUCUUAGUCUAUCACGCAGACGAAUCAAUGUGGAGAAUACCAGAGCUCAAGCUUAAUAUCGCCGAAGAGUCAUUCCGAUCGGUUCAGCAUCACACAGCCUGCGUACGCAACAACAAGAUCAUAUUCUUCGGCGGAUUCAACGGAGCCGAGGAUUCUUCGGACUUAUUCAUCCUCGAGUUUUCGGAAGAUGGAAAUUCCUGUGAGUUGUCACAGCCAGAGUACCGUGUGGGAAUUGUUCCAGGCCCAAUGUCACAGCACACGAGCUGCGUGAGCAGUGACGACAACCAUAUGAUUGUUUUUGGUGGAUACCGCUCAAACGUGGGACACUUGAACGAGCUAUGGAUGCUAGACUUGCGGUGGAUGGAUUGGCACUUGCCGGACUACUAUCGGGAUCCUCCAGCACCUCGUCGGGGGCAUGAAGCAGUGAUAAUCGGGACUAAGAUGUACGUUUUUGGAGGCUACGACGGGAAGACCAACUUUGGAGACUUUUAUACGCUCGAUCUGGGGACGAUGGAGUGGAACCAAGUGGAGCACUUUGGAGAGGCUCCCACAGCAAGGAGACACCAUGCAAUGGCGGCUGUUGGGAAGAAUCUGGUGCUUUACGGGGGAUACAAUGGCGUUACGUACCUUGACGACGUUUACAGCUUCGAUACAGAGACCUCCUUCUGGAAACGCUGGAAGAUCUUGAAAAGUUCUUCCUCCGGCAGAGACACCGAAAUCUAUGGGAGGUCCAUGCACGCCAUGGUUUCUAUGGGACAGCGCUUUGUUAUAGUUGGGGGUAUACACGAGUAUGGAACUCUUGGAGGCGUGGUUUACCUGGAAAACGGUGCAGCUGUUGAUGGACUUGCGCUGCAAAAGGAGCUCACCAGCGAGCGAUGCAAAGUCGAAACUCUCCAGCAAAAUCUUGCCCAGUACGAGGGAAUGGUGCAUAGAAAGGUGGCCGAUCUCGCGCUUGCUUACUCUAAAAUCGCUGAGUGCCAGGCCGUGUUGAAGGAAGAAGUCAAGGCGAGAAAGGCAGGAGCCGUGAAGCAACAAAUCCUCAUUCAAAAGCUAAAGAAAGUUCGCAAAAAAUCCACCUUGUGGUGAUGAUGAAAGUUCUUCCCCUUUAUACUGAGGUUUUCGCUCUUCGCUCGUCC